CCGCUCCAACACUUGAGUUUACCCGGCGACUCUGUUCAGUCAGCUCCUCGCGUGGACAGAAACCUGGAGGGGCUCAAUGUAGCGAAGCCUCCGUGGAAGGAUUCCGCUUCUCUGCCGCGGUCUUCAGACCCCCUUUCAAAAUGGCUCACCAGAACCAGAGUUGUCACUAUAAUGAGUCCAUGGGAUUCUUCUACAACAACAUUGGUGCAGAUGAUAACUGGAACACCACCCAACUCAUCCUGGUCCAGGUCGUCGGCUCUAUCUUCUGUUGUUUCAUCCUGGUCUCCAACCUUAUGGUCAUAGCUGCCGUCAUCACCAACAAGAGGUUCCACUACCCGUUCUAUUAUUUGCUCGCCAACCUGGCCGCCUCGGACUUCCUGGCCGGAAUCGCUUAUGUGUACCUCAUGUUCAACACUGGUGAGGUGUCCAGAACACUCACAGUAGAAAAAUACUUCAUCCGCCAAGGGCUCCUCGAUGUCAGCCUCUCUGCAUCGCUCGCCAACCUGUUGGUCAUUGCUCUGGAGCGAUACAUCUCCGUCAUGAACUGGAAAGUCCACAGCAACCUGACGAAGAGAAGGGUGACCCUGCUGAUCGUGCUGGUGUGGGCGAUCUCCAUUUUUCUGGGGGCCGUGCCCAUUCUGGGCUGGCACUGCAUCUGCAACCUGAAGGACUGCUCCAAGUUGGCUCCCAUUUUCAGCAAGAGCUACUUGAUAUUCUGGUCGGUGUCCAAUCUGGUUGUGUUCCUGGUGAUGGUUGUUAUUUACGUGAGGAUCUACACGUACGUGAAGAAGAAGACAACCAUGCUCAUGUCACAUACCAGCGGAUCUAUCAACCGCAGAAGGACCCCCAUAAAGCUCAUCAAGACGGUCAUGGUGGUGCUUGGGGCCUUUGUCUUCUGCUGGACGCCAGGCCUGGUUGUUCUACUGAUGGACGGCCUGGACUGCCAGAAGUGUCAAGUGCUGAAGCUAAAACGCUGGUUGCUCCUGCUGGCGGUCUUGAACUCUGUCAUGAACCCUUGCAUUUACUCCUACAAGGACGAGGAAAUGUGGGCAACUUUCAAGAAUCUUAUGCGUUGCAUCGGCAACGGCACGCGGCGGCAGCGGUCGACAAAGGCCAACGCCAGGCCGCUGAGUUCGGCUCAGGACACCGGCACCAGUCAGCCUCCCUCUGAGGAGAUGAAAAACGACGACGAGGGAAUUCUCAAGUCAUGAGAAUAUUGCUUGCAUCGAACUUCACUUUUUUUGAAGUUGACUUGAAUAGACCUGCGUUUGUUGGGUUUGACGUGUGUGUGCUUUUACAAAAUGUGCUUCUUAUUUAUGUUUAUGUUAAACUCCUCAUCUCUGUCGUAGUUGAAGGAGUUUCUAACGGUUUUAAAGCCUUGCCCAAAGGGGCGUGAGGUUCAAGGAGGACGAUAUCCCCUUUAAAAGUUCACAGGCUCAGUCGUUGCCGCCUGCGGGAACAAUACUGUCAUUAUCCUGGUACUGCCUUUGCAUUGUUACCUGUGUUGUAAUUGUCGCUCAUGCAUGUAUCCUGUUGCGGCCUCUCAAGGAACCAUUAAAUUUCUUUCGCUGAAGUAUUGUCACGUCAUCUGCUUGCAUGGGCCGUUAAUUCCUAUACAUUUAUGACAGUGUUAAGC